AUGGCGUACCAACAACUAUCUAAGAUGCAGAACGCCGUGGAAGUGACGCCAGUCAACGAGGACUACACCCCGCCUUCGUCUACGCUGCAGAACUAUGAAGAGAUACAUGACUUCGACUUCAGUCCUACCAGUCCGCGCUCAACGGUCAAGUCACCGUCUAUAAAGAAGCACGUACCACAUUGGAGUUCCUCUACAAACAGUACAGCUGUGACCUCGGAAGUAUGUAGCACAAAGUCUAAUAACCAGGCUGGGUUGUCCCGUGCACGGUCCUGGGCUUUCGAGAUUCUAGCCGUUGUCGUUGGUCUCGGUGCUGUUGCUUCCAUAAUUGGUGUAGUAUCGAAAUACAACGGGCGUGCGUUACCUGACUGGCCUCACGACAUCACUCUGAACGCUCUUAUCGCUCUGUUAGCCACGUUCGCAAAUGCCGCAAUGUCUGUUUGCCUUUCAAGUGGAAUAUCGCAGGCAAAAUGGAUCCGAUUCAAGCAGGCAUCGACCCCACUAUCUGAUAUGGAGGCCUUCGAUGAUGCUAGUCGUGGUUCGUGGGGUUCCAUCAAAUUACUAGGAACUGCCAGAGGAGGAUUUCUCGGAUCAUUCGGAGCUACUGUCGCUGUUGUCGCCCUUGCUCUUGGGCCUUUCUCUCAGCAAAUCGCAACCUACAAAGUCCGAAGCGUGGAAAGCGACAUAGGUGCCACUAUACCCAGGGCUCUUAACUUUACUCCCGCAUUAGCAGGUAACACUAGCACGACUGGUUUCGUGCCUAUCCUUCCACUCAAAGCAGCAGUUUACAACGGCCUGUUCGCAGAGAACAACAGACCUGCAGCGUCACUACCAUUCAAGUGCCAAAGUGGUACCUGUGUCUGGGAACCCUUCGAGACACUCGCUGUUUGUCAUGAAUGCACUGAUAUCAGCUCUCUCGUUACGCGGUAUUGUCCACCUGAAUUGGGUCCAUCGCCAAACAUGUCUUCUUGCGGAUGGCAAGUUCCACCAGGAGCACAUCUAAACACAAGUUCUGAUGUAUUUAGUAUGACGUCCUUCAUACCAUCUGCCUAUGGAGAUAUGCCCCACUCUACGAUGAUCCGGCUCAUCUUUAUGGGUACGGAGCUUCAAGACACACCAGAUAAGCUAAAUCCUUGGGCAUCGCAAUGCAGCCUACAAGCAUGCGCGAAUACACUGUCCGCAUCGGUCACAAACGGUACACAUCAGGAGAACAUCACGCAUUCAGUACUCAAUCAUACUGUCAUUGACAUGAGCUCACCUGAUCCUGCUGCUGACUAUGGCGUGUACAUUGCUGGCGAUACAGACGAAACUGCGUACCUGCUCGGCAUGGAGGCGCUUUUGAGCAUACGGGGUUGGUUCAGCGCGAUCUUUACCAACGGCUCUGCGACACGCACGACUAGCGAUUUUACCCUUAGCGUGACAGAUCCAGACCGGGCCGUUGUAGUCAACCUCACAGUCGGAAUCUCAUCAGGCGAAACCUUCUUUGAUACGGACAUAGUGACAGCAUUCUACUGGAACUACUACGAGUAUGCCGACGGAAUCAAUAUGCUUAUGAGCGAUCUGGCUAUAUCGAUGACCACCGCCUUCCGUGGCUUCAAUGGCGCCGUGGAAACCAACGGGAAAUCGAUAACAGUUGAGUCAUAUGUCCACGUCCGAUGGGGUUUCGCAGUACUACCGAUUGCGGCUGUUGUGGCCACUUUGGUUUUCCUGCUCGCUGCGAUGACAAUGACACAUACGUCGGGCACACAAGUGUGGAAAAGCAGCGCGCUUGUUUCGUUCCUACAUGGUUUGGAUCAUCAAACAAAGGAGAGGUUUGAUACCAAUGACAGCUUGGCAGCUAAGAAGAAACAAGCGAAAGCAGUCAAGGUCAAACUGUAUACAGAUGACCAGGACAAUUCUAUCUUGGGAGUAGAGAAGGCUGCAUGCUAA